AGAAUGUCCCCAUUUCCACACAAAUUUCUUGGUCGGGAAAGGAGGAGCGUUCGCGAGCGGAGCAAUGGCGAUCCGAUGCCUCUCACCGCCUUUCUCUCUUCCUUCGACCACGGUACGCCCUAGUCUACCUGAUCACUGUAGAUUUUCGAACAUCUUUCUCUCCCACUCUCCCCGGCUGUGCCGCAAAACCCUCGCCUCCAAAGGUUCUAAUCAGCCAUCGAGGAACGGACGCCGCUCGAUCGCUGCAAGAGAGGAAGAUCCAGUGAUCCGUUCGCUGGGAAAAACCAUGGUGUCGGCUGAGAAAGAUCGCAUCUUUACUGAAGUCGCAACAGAUGCUGAUGAUGAUGCAGAUUAUGGAGUUGUUAGCAUUCACCAUGUUGGUGUGCUCUGUGAGAACCUUGAGAGGUCACUUGCAUUUUACAAGGAUCUUCUCGGUCUGGAGAUUAAUGAAGCAAGGCCGCAUGAUAAGCUUCCAUACAGAGGGGCAUGGCUCUGGGUGGGUUCUGAGAUGAUUCAUUUGAUGGAGCUCCCAAACCCUGAUCCCUUGACUGGCCGACCGGAGCAUGGUGGCCGAGAUCGCCAUGCUUGUAUCGCAAUUCGAGAUGUUAUGAAGCUUAAAGCAAUUUUUGACAAAGCUGGUAUCAGCUAUACUCUCAGUCGAUCAGGAAGGCCAGCAAUUUUUGCACGAGAUCCCGACGGAAACGCACUGGAGUUCACACAAGUUUGAUUAAAUGGGCAAUAUCUCGUUUACCAUAAGAAAAUUUUUACAUAGCAUUAUGUGAAUCUGGCUCUACUAGUUACUACAUGUAGUGAUGUCUUCCACUACUAAGUGGCAAAUCUAUUGGGUUCAAGUUCAUAUCUGUUAGUUGAUCGAAUAGAAAAGUUAGUAAUUGAAGCAAUAGUUCUGGUUUA